AUGGCCAUGCCACAAAUAAGUCAAGCCGACCAGGCUAAAUUGCAGUUAAUGCAAGAAAUGGAGAUUGAAAUGAUGUCCGACUUAUAUAAUCGUAUGACAAACGCCUGCCAUAAGAAAUGCAUACCACCACGUUAUGGCGAAGCUGAAUUAGGUAAGGGUGAAAUGGUCUGCAUUGACCGCUGUGUGGCCAAAUAUUUGGAUAUACAUGAAAAAAUUGGCAAAAAACUAACGGCUAUGUCUAUACAAGAUGAGGAGCUAAUGAAAAAGAUGUCUGGCUAAGCUACUUAAAAAGCCAACAACAACUCAGGCCGCAAAACCAAUUUAAAUAUAAAUAAACCAAUAAUUUUUACUAAAGUAGUUUUAAGUUCGCUGACUUUUAAACGCCAGUUCUGCGCUGUUUCUAACUUCCUUUUGUUGACACUUUUCUCAGUAUGGCUGUCGUUGGUGCGACACUUGGUAGCACACCAUUGCAACAUGUUGCUGUGAAAAAAUAAAAUCUUUGAAUGUAAAUGUAUGUGAUUGCAUUUCAUAUGAGUAAUCCCACUCUACUUAUAGUUCAAUAAAAAACCAUUUUGUUUUAAAAUAAAAUUAAAA